UAAUGUAGAGAGAGAGAGAGAGAGAGAGAGAGUCAUAGAGUUGCAUUGAAAUUUCCUGUCUUUGUGUUGGCAUCAUCGCCCACCCAUCUCCUUCGGACUUUCCAAAGCUUCAAAUAAGUUUCAUUUCUUCGUGCUCUCUGCCUCUCCUAGCCCCCUGUUUAUCUGAUUUGGCUGCCUUCAUGGGCUCUACUUAUUCCUUCAACAUUUUUGGCGUCUCCAUAAGCUAGAGAUCGGGAGCUAUUUAUUCUUCGUAUCCUAUUUCUUAUCUGUUUUUUCUCUUCAAAGUUCUUUCUAUCUCUGCGUGUCUACUUUAAAUGGCCAAUGCAUCUGGGUUCGUUUCUCCUCCAGUUCAAAGCCCAAGGCUGAGAAAUCUGCAUUUUUCCGGCUUUUAUCGAUCUGGGUACUACCCAUUUGUGAGAAUUCCCACAAGAGUAUUUUGCUGCAGAGCUGUUGAAAGUGUGGAGAAGCAUGCUUCUGGACUAGCCCCUUCUGAAUCUCGAGCACCCAGGCUUGUAAGCAGGGGGUGUAAACUAGUUGGAUCUGGCUCAGCAGUACCCAAUCUUCAGAUCUCAAAUGAUGAUCUUGCAAAAUUUGUUGAAACUUCCGACGAAUGGAUUUCUGUUCGCACUGGGAUUCAUAAUCGACGAGUUCUUUCAGGGAAAGAUAGAUUGACAGGUUUGGCUGUUGAGGCGGCAAAGAGGGCUCUUCAAAUGGCUCAAGUCGAUGCUGAUGAUGUAGACCUCGUCCUACUGUGCACAUCUACUCCGGACGAUCUUUUUGGCAGUGCUCCUCAGAUCCAGAGUGCACUAGGUUGUAAAAGAAAUCCUUUGGCCUAUGACAUUACGGCUGCUUGUAGUGGGUUUGUGUUGGGUCUAGUUUCGGCUGCCUGUCACAUAAGAGGAGGUGGGUUCCAAAAUGUUCUAGUAAUUGGCGCUGAUGCUCUUUCUCGAUAUGUUGAUUGGACUGACAGAGGGACCUGUAUCCUCUUUGGGGAUGCUGCUGGAGCUGUGUUAGUACAGGCCUGUGAUGGCAGUGAGGAUGGCUUAUUUGGUUUUGACUUGCACAGUGAUGGAGAUGGCCAAAAGCACUUAAAUGCUGGAAUCAAAGACGAUGAAAUCGAACGUGUGGUGGGAACAAAUGGUUCAGUUGUAGGCUUUCCCCCAAGACGUUCCUCUUACUCUUGCAUCCAAAUGAAUGGCAAAGAAGUCUUCCGCUUUGCAGUUAGGUCUGUGCCGCAGUCGAUCGAGUCUGCACUGGCAAAAGCUGGUCUCACUGGGUCCAACCUUGAUUGGCUACUACUUCAUCAGGCAAACCAAAGGAUCAUUGAUGCUGUUGCAACCCGUUUGGAGAUCCCACCGGAGCGAGUUAUAUCUAACUUGGCUAAUUAUGGUAACACCAGUGCUGCAUCCAUUCCCUUGGCAUUGGAUGAAGCUGUUCGAAGUGGGAAGGUGCAAUCAGGCCAUACGAUUGCCGUUGCUGGUUUUGGGGCUGGCCUUACAUGGGGUUCAACAAUUGUGAGAUGGGGAUGAGAAGUCACUUUUGGACCACCCACCAGCAUAAGAGAAGAAGAAAUCGAUUCCCUGGUAAAUGUAACUGGGAGAUAGUUGGGAGGAGAUGCAGUUCACAUCUCUCCUGCGCUCAAACCAAACCCCCCCCCCCCCCUUCUUUUUUUUUCUUUCUCUUCUGGGAAUUUUGUAGCGUUUUGGGUAACCCAAUAAUUUAAUUCUUUUCCGCCUAACUAGAGGUUCUAUUUAUAUUCUGUGUGAAUUUACAGAAGUGUACCAUAAGUACAAUAGUAGCCAAUUCAAUUUUUUUUUAUAACGUUUGGUCUUUCA